AAUAUUACCACCAGUCCGAUCAUCGGCAUCGUUCAGUUCAGUUUAAGUGGUCUACCAGUGCGGUCCCAUCUUCAACGAUCAAACCCAGCAACUUUUUUCACUACACUACACCACCACCCCCCGACGAAACAAAAGAAAAAACCUCUAGGAGAGUGAACCAGUUUGGAUCUGCUCCCCUCGAUCUUCGACUGUGAUAGCAUCGAAUCGCAACCCCCGGCAGCUCCAAAGGGACCAUCCCGAGAAGAAAUACCAAAAACCCCAUCUAGUGAUACUUUUCCGUGUUCCAGUUUUCUAAGCUACAAAACCAAAUCAAGUUUUCCGUUGCACCACAAACUGUUUUCUUCGCUCGUGCUUCGCAACUCAUUCCACAUCCAACGUUUCCAACACCAAGAACGGUUCGCAACCACCCGAACAACCGCCCCGAGAUGGCACCCACAAUCCACAAGGAGGACAAUUUCUCCACCACCAACCUCAAGUGGAAGAUGACUCUCGUCCAGCCAUCUGGUGAACUGAGCGCCAAGAUCAAGGAGGAGCUGCGCGAGCCAGCAAACCCAGCCGACAUCGAGCGCGACAUCGGCAUCAUCCGCGAAUGGCUCGGCAAGCAGCCCCAUCUGCCCAAGGACAUGGACGAUGCCCGCCUGCGUACCUUCCUGCGCGGUUGCAAGUUCAGCCUGGAGCGCGUCAAGCAGAAGCUGGACAUGUACUACACCAUGCGUAACGCCGUGCCGGAGCUGUUCACCGAUCGGGACGUCUCCCGUCCGGAAAUGGCCGAGAUUCUGAAUGUCAUCCACAUGCCCCCACUGCCAGGACUGACCCCAGCCGGUUGCCGUGUGGUAAUGCUCCGCGGUACCGACAAGGACAUCACCACCCCGAACGUCAUCGAGUCGAUGAAGCUGACGCUGAUGAUCGGUGACGUCCGGUUGGCCGAGGAAUCCGUCGGCGUCGCCGGAGAUGUCUACAUCAUGGACGCCAGCGUGGCCAGCCCAGCCCACUUUGCCAAAUUCACUCCCACACUGGUCAAGAAGUUCCUCAUCUGCGUCCAGGAGGCCUACCCAGUUAAACUGAAGGAAGUCCACGUCAUCAACGUUUCGCCGAUCGUCGACACCAUCGUCAACUUCGUCAAGCCCUUCCUGAAGGAGAAGAUCCGCGAACGUAUCCACAUCCACAGCAGCAUGGAGGACCUGUACAAGUACGUCCCCAAGGCCAUGCUGCCCUCCGAGUACGGUGGCGAUGCUGGAUCCAUCAAGGACCUGAACGAGCAAUGGCGCGCCAAGUUGGGCGAAUACACCGCCUGGUUCAAGGAGCAGGAAGCCAGCAAGGCCAAUGAAUCCCUCAGACCAGGUGCCCCCAAGACCGCCGAUGAGCUGUUCGGUAUGGACGGUACCUUCAGACAGCUGACCAUCGAUUAAGCUACCCCAACAUCCCCACCGUCCAUUAGUUCAUCCACCGAACUAAGCUCAUCCCGUCCAAGAAACCUCAUCCCGGACCCAAAAAAAAAUAACAUCCAAUUAACCAAAACAUUAGCAAAACAUUAAAAAAAAUCCAAUUAACAAAUCUCAUCUCACCCUUUCACCCCUUCCGCAUAGUUUUCAUCCAAACCUAGUUAGCCAAAUUACUCAAAAUAUACAAUACGAAAACGCUCUAAAAGAACGUAGAACUUAGACAAGAAUCCAAAUUCUCAGUACACGCAAAGCUUCCAUCGGACCGCGCAAUUUGGAUGUAGCAAGUGAUUUUUUUUUUCGAUUUUUUGAAAACAAUUAGAGAUUUCAGCCGGGAUCCUAGAUUCCGCCCACCCCAGUCCACCGCGCAAAACUCGCCCCCGCAGAUCCUGAUGAGUGCUAGUCCAGAAACCUUCCCGAUUGGUGCGCACACCGCAAUCCAGUAAGGGGGGACGUCUCGGGCGAGAUCGCGAUGAACAUAUGUAGAAGAACCAUAACACGUUCGAUGCGAGAUUUAAGAUCCAAAGAAAACUCGAAACGGUACAGAAUGAUGGAAACCAUUUAGAGCGGUCAGUUUUUUUGUUGUAUCAGUUUUGUUAUAAAUAUUUUUGUACGUAUUUGCUAUUAAAGACUUUCUUGUUUAAAAGGAA